GUUUUGAGGGCUAUUUAAAGGGCCUGUAAUACAGACAACACAACACAUCACACAUGGGUUUAGCGUUUAGACAACACUUUGUUAUUCAAUCUGUUAUCUGAAGUCUAGCCGAAGAGCGCUGUUAUUGUUGUUGUUGUGAAUUACAUCGAGCUUGAGACGUGUUGCCAUUACCAUCAUUACCAUGUCAUUACUGGAUCCGUGCGAUAACAUCAUACUCAUCACCGACUCCUAUAAGAUCACUCAUUGGAAACAAUACCCGCCGAAGACUACCCGCUUGUACUCGUAUUUCGAGAGCCGCGGCGGCCGUUUCGACGACACCGUCUUCUUCGGCCUCCAAUACAUUCUGAAGCGCUAUCUCUGCGGUCGAGUGAUCACCGACGAGAAGAUCGCCGAAGCGAAAGAGUUUUGUCGCAAACACUUCCAGAGGGAGAGUCUGUUCAACGAGGAUGGCUGGCGACACAUCGUCCGCAAACACGACGGCCGACUGCCGCUCAGGAUUCGCGCGGUGGCCGAGGGAACAGUGAUUCCCACCCAGAAUGUGCUCUUCACUGUGGAGAACACCGAUCCAGCGGUUCCGUGGAUUACCAACUGGUUUGAGACACUACUACUCCAGUGCUGGUAUCCGAUAACUGUGGCCACACUCUCGAGGGCGCAGAAAGUGAUAAUCGCUCAGUACAUGAAGGAAACGGCCGAUUCGUUAGACAGGGUUACCAUUCAAUUACACGACUUCGGAUAUCGUGGCGUCUCAUCUGUUGAACAAGCGGCGAUCGGAGGCGCCGCCCAUUUAGUGAACUUCAUCGGCACCGACACUCUCGCAGGCAUUCAAUUGAUCUCCAAAUACUAUGGCGAAGAUAUGGCGGGCUUUUCAGUGCCGGCCACAGAGCAUUCAACGAUGACGGCGUGGGCCGCGUCCGAGAACCCGGACGCUCUGUUUGACGGCGAACUCCGGGCGUGUGAAUACAUGUUGAAAGAGUUUCCUGACGGUAUCAUAUCAGUGGUGUCCGACUCGUACGACAUCUACGAGUGUUGCGAAAAGAUUUGGGGCCAAAAACUGAAGGACAUGGUCAUAGAGCGGGGCCGACACGCCUCGGGCAACGUACUGGUGAUACGGCCCGACUCGGGUGAGCCCAUAGAAGUGUUGCCCCGAAUACUGGACAUACUGUACGAGGCGUUCAAAGCCGACUGCACUGUAAACAGCAAACAAUACAAAGUACUGCCACACUAUUUGCGUAUAAUACAGGGCGACGGCAUUAGUAUCGACUCUUUGCGGACAAUACUCGAGCGCAUCAAACAGACCGGCUUUAGUGUCGAGAAUUUUGUCUUCGGGAGCGGCGGUUCACUCCUGAUGCGCGUCCAUCGGGACACCAAUCGGUGCGCAUUCAAGUGCUCGUACGCCGAGAUCGACGGCAAACCCGUCAAUGUCUAUAAGGAUCCGAAGACCGACCCGAAGAAGUCGUCCAAAAAGGGUUUGUUAUGUCUGGAGUACAACGAAGAGACCAAGAAGUUUAUCACUCACGAAGAGCAACAGAACAGUGACAAACGGGUCCAAUGCCGGGAUCUAUUGCACACCGUCUACGAGAACGGUGUUCUGCUCAAGGAGUACACGUUUCAAGAGAUCAGAGACAAUGCAAAAGUGACCGUCGAUGGCCAUCGUAUUUGA